AUGAUUGAUGUAAUAGGGAAGCACAUGAUUCAGGCCAAGAUCGUGGAAGAGGUCAGGCAUGCUCAGAUGUACAUAGUCCUAGCUGAUGAGGUCACAUCCCAUAACGUAGAGCUGAUGCCAAUGUGUGUUCGCUUUGUGGACAAAGACUUAAAUAUCAGAGAGGAGCUGCUUGAGAUUUGUACUUUGCCACGGAUCACAGGUCACCACAUUGCAAGCGCGAUCAAAGAUGUGCUGAGUCAUCUAAGCAUAGAGAUUGCUGACUGUCGAGGCCAGGGGUAUGAUGGCGCCAGCAAUAUGAGCAGCGAAAAUGUUGGUGUUCAAGCUUUGAUAAAAAAGGAUGCGCCUAAGGCAGUUUAUAUGCACUGCAACGGGCAUUGCUUGAACCUUGUCAUUGCACGCUCUUGUGCUCUUCCAGUUGUGCGCAACAUGAUUGAUAAGAUGAAGCACAGCGUCAUGUUCUUCACCAGCAGCCCAAAGAGGGAACUCCUUCUCAAGGAGGUUGUAGAUAAGGAGGCAUAUUCUACCGGAAAGCGGAAGCCCCUGAUUGACCUCAGCCGCACAAGAUGGGCAGCACGGCAUGAUGCCUACAGUCACUUCUACAGUGCCUUUGUCUUCAUUAUUAAGGCUCUGGAAGUCAUGGCACAUGGUCUCCAUACAGAGGAGUACAGUGAAGAUGUCACCAGUGGAUGGGAGGGCAAGUACAAAGCAGAGGCCUAUGGUCUCUUGAGUGGGUUACAAAACUUUGGAUUCAUCCUCACAUUCCUCACCGUAUACCAAGUUUUAUCCCACCUGACGGGCAUCACGGUGAAACUGCAAAGCACCUCACUCGACAUCAUCGAGGCAUUUAGCAUGGUUGAUGAGGUGAAGUCUGUCUACAAGGAGCUCCGUGAGAACAUCAUCGACGACUUCAAUCAAAUCUACGAACAAGUAGUUAGGAUGGCUGCUCAGGUCAACGUGGAACCAACCGAGCCGAGAGCAGCUGGAAGGCAGAAACACAGGGAAAAUGUACCCGCUGAAGGAGUGAAGGAGUACUAUCUCAGGAACAUGGCGAUACCCUUCUUAGACCAUGUCAUUUCAGAGUUUGAGUCCAGAUUUAGUCCCCUCUCUGUGUCCGCAUCAAGGCUCAUGGGCCUAAUUCCAUCUGUCCAGUGCAACUCAGACGUGACGGUGGACAUCUCCGAAGCAGUCGCUCUGUACCAAGAUGACUUGCCAUCACCAGAGGUCAUUCACCAGGAGCUGAAACGGUGGAAGUUAAAGUGGCAGGCCAAAUCAUCACACCAAAGACCAAGCUCAUGUGCCUCAGCUAUCAAAGAGUGUGAUGAGAUGAUGUAUCCGAACAUCUUCAAACUCCUGAAAAUUGCAUGCACCUUGCCAGUGACCUCCUGCGAAUGUGAGAGGUCUGCCAGUACUCUCCGGAGACUCAACACAUUCAUGCGGAGCAGCAUGGGAGAAGACCGCAUGUCAUCCUUGGCUCUCAUCCAUACCCACUACGACAUGGCUCUGGAUCUGGAUGAAGCUGUCGAUCUGUACUCAAAAAUGCACCCAAGACGAUUGGAGCUGAUGAGCGUUCUGAUGUCAUAG